AUGUCUGAGGAGAUUGUCAAUCCAUUCCCCUCUCCUUCGUCGUAUUAUAAACUCUACACUGAGCACAAUUUGAACUUGCUUCAUCUCCUCCGUACAAGAACAUCGACGAGCGUUCAUGAUCCCAUACCGCCUGAAGCACAACAACACCAAUCGCUGUUUGAUCAAUCUCAAGUCCCACCAUGGGACUUGACUACGUUAGAGAGACCCCGUGCUGACUGGAUCGUGGAAGAGGGAAACUACGAGACCUUCGGCGACUUUUGGCCUAUACCCGAACGACAUCCAACAUUGGAAGAAGGUGGAAUUCAACAACUGUACAAGGCAGGCAAUGAUCACCGGGAGGACCUGCAUAAGAUGCUUCGCACUAUUCUCGUCACUUACCACCGCUUGGUCGGAGCGUUGUUGAUCCCGCCUCAUCCAGUCGCCCAAGAACCCGAGUGGGUUCAGCACAUGGAAUGGAUCCGGAUCGUAACCCUUAACAUGGUUGCUGCGGUUAAUGAAUUGCGGCCAGUUCAGGCACGCGAAACGCUCAAAACUGCUUUGAGGACUCAACUAGAAUCGAGAAGGCAGCAAACCAAGUAUAUUCAUGCAAAAUGCGAUGAACUCAGCGAACAACUCGCUUCCUUGAAGUCACUGACUCUUCAGAACGUUUCUACGUUUAUGGAUGAAGGCGACCCUAGUAGGGCUCUUUAUUCUCUUUCGGGUUUGCGUCAAGGUGGCUCGGACCUACCAUUGCUCCCCCUUUCUGAGCUCGAGAAAUGGGCGAACAGCCUGUAAAAAAAAACUUUCCCUUGCCCACCUGUGAAUGUUUUUUUUUUUUGAACUCCCAUAGAGGGAGGGGAUCGGGGAUCGUUUCUUUUUCUUCCUCGAGUUUGGGCAUUUUCAACACAUUGGAAAACUCGCGUAUGAUGAUUCCGCCUUGGUCGUUCCCCAGGAUAUUAUAAUUUAUACGCCUUUGGCGUCUUGGUCCGUUCCUAUAUUGAGUCGACUAGCAUAAUUCCUUGCUUGGCAUGAUGAUCAGUGACGUGACGGUGCGAUGAUGCCUGGAAUGGCUGUUAUUAGCCUAGAAUAAUAUACGCAGAAGAGCAUCCCCCGCGUGCAGAUCAACCGGCAUGGCAUAUUUGUCUUGGUAACCGUUGCACCCAACAC